AAAACGGUAAACGGAAACCAGUUAUGGAAGACGCACUGUGUCUGCACCUGCCCAAGCUCUCGGGGGGAGCGUCAAGCGAAACCCUAGAAAUAGUUUUGCAAACGCUGUGGAAAACCAGGAAAACAGGGCUUUCACAUGAUGAGAAAGAUUACAUUCAGGGCCUUCUCCUGAUGCAUUCUCAAGAAGAGCUCGACCCUGUACUCGCAUGUCUCCGUUCCCUUAUCAGAAAGUGUGUACAUGAGAACUUGACUGGGGAUGAUAUCCAAAAGCUGUUUCCUCUUGAAGUUCCUCUUGAACUACAAAGUAUUCUUGUACUACUGCUGCAAAAAUAUCAAAGCCAGUGGAAGGUGGAUACCUCAAAAGAUCAGCCUCAGUGGCCAAGACCAAGAACUUCAUAUCAUGCUAAAGGCAAUACAUUGCCCACACAAAUAGCUUUCUCUACUUUGGAUAUGUGGCCUCGCCAAGAUGAGACAGAACAACGCUCGACUGUUGUUCCUACAACACCUUCUACUGAAUUGAAUCCUCCUCGCUUGCCUCCUCUACAACCCCAACACGAUGAUGGGCCGCCUCAAAAUUUGAUGUUUCUUCCCCGACUUAAGUCAAUGACUUGGGCCAUGGAGAAUCAGAAUUCAACACCUGCUAAUAGAGUGGCUAUCAUCACUUUAAAGCUUCAAGAUUAUGCUAAUUCUCCUUCAGGAGAAACUGAGGAAAAGUUCCAGCUUUCCAGGGACACUCUUGAUGCCAUGUUGAGAUCAAUGGCCUAUAUAAGUGAGCAGCUUUCAAACGCUGACAUGCCUUCUUCUACGCCGCCAAUGGCUCCGCCAUCCAAGAAGCAGCGCCAAUAGCUUGCACCCAUGUAAACCGACGAGGCCAAGCACGUUCGAUAAAAUAUUGCCACAUGUGGGCCUGCCACAUCAGCAUGGUGCAUCCAUCCAUGCUGAAGUGGCGUCCCCCAUUGGUUGAGACAUGAGAAGGAUUCUUGUUGUUGUGUAUGGUUUCCUUAUGCCUGGAGGCUUGCAAGUGGAGCCCCUUGGUUGCUUUUGCCUCAGUGAUGAGUACUUGCAAUUUUAUUUAGAGUUAAAUCAGGAAAAUCUCUCUCUCUAUAUCUUUUAUAUAAAUUAUAGUCAUGCCAUUUAGUUGGGUUUAAUGAAAAUUGGGGGAAAGGGAGGGAUUGGAUUGUUGAUUGCUUGGAAUUUUGUUGAUUUUUAUGUAUUUUAGAGAAUAUCUUGUUCAUUUAUACAUUUCAUUUGAUUA